CCUCACUCUCUGCUGCUGCUGCCUCUGUGUGUGUGUGUGUGUGUGUGUGUGUGUGUGUGGGGAGAAAUGGAAGAAGAAAUCACUGAUGAAGACAAGGACUGUUCUGUGGAGGAAGAACAAAACAAGAGCAACCUGAAGGUGACCUCUCCGGAGGACGCCGAGCGCAUAGGUCGCAGACAGGCCUCCCCCAAUGGGACGCCCCCCACGAGAGGAGACGCCAAAGGCUCCCGCACCGUCCCCCGCCGGCACACCUUAGGAGGGGCUCGUGGCUCCAGAGAGAUCCUGGCCAUGCAGCCCCCGGACAUGGACAAAAAGAGGGAGGCUUUCCUGGAGCACCUGAAGCAGAAGUACCCCCACCACGCCUCCGCCAUCAUGGGCCACCAGGAACGGCUGCGGGAGCAGAGCAGAAGCCCGAAGCACGGCCCCCCCUCCCAGCCCUGCGGGGGCGACCAGGUUGACCACCUCUCUCUGGCCUCGCUGGAGUCGCUGGACGCCAUGUCAGAGGUCGAAGCCCCCACCGCCUUCACCAGGGGCAGUCGAGUCCGUGCCAGUCUGCCUGUGGUACGGUCCACCAACCAGACCAAGGACCGCUCGCUAGGUGUGCUGUACCUUCAGUACGGGGACGAGACCAAACAGAUCCGGAUGCCUAACGAGAUCACGAGCGUGGACACGGUCAGAGCUCUGUUCGUCAGUGCCUUCCCUCAGCAGCUGACCAUGAAGAUGUUGGAGUCUCCCAGCAUGGCCGUCUACGUCAAGGACGACAUGAGGAACGUCUACUACGAGCUCUCUGACGUCAGGAACAUCACAGACCACUCCUGCCUGAAGGUCUACCACAAAGACCCCGCCCAGGCCUUCAGCCACGGACCCAGACCCCCCCCCAACACUGACGCCAGGAUUCACCAUGACAGACAACCCCCCCUGGGCCCCCCCCCUCAUCACCCAGUGCAGGGAGGAGGGGUCCCUCCGUCUCCACACUCCAUGCCCCCCUCACCUUCCAGAAUCCCGUUCGGUCCCAGGCCCGGUUCCAUACCCGGCAGCUCCACCCUCCCCAGGGAGCGGCUGGCCGCCGCCAACCCUUCGGUGCGCUCCGUCUCCCCCUGUCCCAGCGCCAUCCUGGAGAGACGAGAUGUCAAGCCGGACGAGGACUUGGGUGGGAAGAGCCACACGCUCACCAGGGGGGGCGAGGCCCUGUAUGCAGACCCGUACCUGCUCCAGGAGGGACGGAUGAGCAUCACCUCCGCCCACGGACCACACUCCGGUCUCGAUGGUCCGGAUCAUCCACUGGGUGGAUUCCACCGCGCCUCCAUCCGCUCCACCAGCUCCUACGGGGGGCCCAGCCCCACAGACACGGUGGACCACCCCUCCCUCUACAGGCAGAAGUCCAGGAACAGCCAGCUGCCCACUCUGGGCUCCAAGACCCCCCCGCCCUCCCCCCACAGAAUGACCGAAGUCCGUAUGAUAGACAUUCACGGCGUUCCUCCUCACGGCGUUCCUCCUCACGGCGUUCCCAUGGAGAGAGGGUCUCCAGUGCGUCAGUCCCUCAGGAAGGAGGAAGCAGCGGGGACCAAGCCCCGGAACAGCAUGGGGUCACCGGUGGUGGCGGAGCCGCCUGUUCUGCCCCAGGGUCCAGUCCCUCCUGCCGGUGACCCUCAGACCCGACAGCGAAUGAAGGCUAUGGAGCAACAGAUUGCCAGCUUGACUGGUCUUGUUCAGCAUGCACUUUUAAAGGGGCCAAAAACUAGUGGCAGCGCGGAGCCUCAGAGUGAGAGACCCCUGAAGACAUCGUCUCCGUCUCACAGCUCAGGUGGAUCUCCGGUCAUGGCUCCUAAAACCAACGCGGUCCAAUCAGAGACGGGUUCACUUCCUGUCAAGGUCAACCUCCUGCACUUCAGGAAGAACGUCUCUGACCUCAGGCUGCAGCUGCACCAGAUGAGACAGCUGCAGCUCCAGAACCAGGAAGCUCUGCGGGCCCAGCUGAAGCGAGCGGAGCAGGAAAUCAGUGUUAAACUCAGCGAGGCCAUGAGGCGUCAGGACGACCCGGUCCAGAGGCAGAGGACGCUGGUGGAGGAGGACAGACACAAGUACCUGGGACUGGAGGAGCGGGUCCUGGAGCAGCUGAGCGACCUAGAGCAGUACGUCAGCUCCCUGCAGAGAGACGCCACGUCCACACAGAGGACGGUGACUCUGAAGGACGUGGAGGACGGAGCGCUGACUCUGAGGAAAGUGGGAGAGUCUCUGGCAGGACUCAAAGGGGAGUUCCCAGCCCUGCAGACCAGGAUGAGGGCAGUUCUGAGGGUGGAGGUGGAGGCCGUGAAGUUCCUGAAGGAGGAGCCUCAUAAACUGGACAGCAUGUUGAAGAGAGUCAGGACCCUGACGGAGACCCUGGGCAGUCUGAGGAGACUUUCCACUCAGGGUUCUCAGAGGGGUUCAGACCCCCCCGUGGACAACAGCCCACCACUUGUGGGGUCAGAACCUUCCCCUCCAGCUCCACUGGACCACCAGAACUCCACCGUCAGGUCAGAGGUCAUGCCGUCGUCUCCCGUGGUCAUCCAUCAGGUCCGCAGUUCCCCCGUCAACCUGCAGCAGUCCCAGCAGUCGGCCGCCUUGACGUCUCAGCCCAGUCCCCCGCUCACCCCCAGCCCCACCCAGGGGUCGGGUCCAAACCCAGUCAAGGGUCAGGACAGGGAGUCGGCCAAGGGCGUGUCCUUGGAUCCACCGAGUCCAGUCCAUCAGAAGAAGACGCACGGGAUCCUGAAGAACAACGGAACCCAGGUCCUGGUCAUGGAGGAGCUGCAGAGUCAUCCAGACAAGAGCAAGAGCCGAGCUCUGUCCAUCGAGGCAGCAGAGAAGGAGUGGGAGGAGAAGAGACAGAACCUGGGCUUCUACAACGGGAAGGAGUUUGAGAAGAUCCUUCAGGAGGCGCAGGUCAACAUGAUGAAGGGGAUUCCUAACCUGGAGAUUGUAGAGAACACUGCAGCGCCCCCUGCUGUCAGUGGAGAUGGAACCAACAACCACAGUCCUGUAGAAUCACCUUCAGACCCUCCGUCUGAAGACCCUGACUCCAAACCGGUCAAAAAGCUCCCAGAGAAGCCCCCCAAGCCGGCGGUAGAGAAACCCUUGAAACCUGCCUCCAAACCUCCGUCUCCUGACGUUUUCACCAAACACUUCAGUGAAAAGUCCAGCAGGUCUCCCCCCCCGCCUCCCCCGAGGAAGACCUACCCCAGCUCCAACUCAGGCAUGACCACCACCCGCUCUGGGGCGGUGGUCUACACCAGCAGGAAGGAGUCCAGCUCAGCUCAGGAGGUGGAGGUGGAGGAGGAAGAGGAGGAGGAAGAAGAGGUGGCACCUCCCACUCCACAGCCCAGACCUGGUAAGGUCCCACCAGAGACCCGGCCAAAGCCCACUACUCCUCCCCCUGUUGCUCCUGCGACCAGAGAGGAGGAGGACGAAGGAGACAAGAUGAUGGCUGAGCUGCAGGUUUUCCAGAAGUGCACAGUUAAGGACGGGGGGGUAGAGACCACUACUCCAGUUGAACCCCAGAUCAGAGAACUAAGACCGGGGCCUUUGUUGCCCCCUAAACAGAAAAAGCAGAGCUCAGAGACCAGAGAAGAAAAAGACGCCGACACUGACGAGAACGGAAACACCACGCUGCGACAGAGCCAAGCGGUCAUUUACUACGUGACCGGCCAGAUCUCCAAAGACCAGCCCGCCCCGGCAGGGAGCGAGGAGACCCCCGCGCUGCCUCCAACACAGGUGUCAAAUGUCAAUGUUAAUGACAAUUCUCCAGACCAGGAACAGGAGCUGCAGGAACCACAGUCUCCACCUCCCAAAUCUCCCCCAGCUCUCACGCCUCCACCCAUCUCACCCAAACCCGUGGGACUGAACGGAUUCAAACUGGUCAAGAAGCAGGUGAAACGCUCCGACUCCUUCAAGACCAGGGUAGAAAUGGAGAAGAAGAAGAUGAUGAACAAAGUCAACACUGAGAAGAAGAGUUGGACCAUCAAGGAACCGGGUUCCUCCAACAAGAACAUCAUCCCCGAGGCUCCAGAGAAAACCACCGCCGUCGCUGUCAAACAGACGACCCUGGCGUCUGUGUCCGACCCUCUGACGCCCCGCGCCGACAACAACAACCCAGAACCCAGUCACUUUGAAGACGAUGAGGGGGCGGGUCUUAGUCCUGACCUACCAGGAGAAGAAGCCCCUCCCCCUCCCGACAACAUAGCUUUUAUGAUCACUAACACCAAGGUGCAGGCCCUGUCCUGUGGCGAGUACCAAGAACUGGUCAACGCUAAGAAAGGGAGCGUCCAGACAGUGACAGUAGGGAGUGCUGCAAACCGAGCGGAGACCGCCGAGGGUUCACCUGCUCCGCAGGAUAACCGCUUCAGCAAAAAGCCCGUCAUCAUCAUCUUCGACGAGCCCAUGGACAUCCGCUCGGCCUACAAACGUCUGUCCACCAUAUUUGAGUGUGAGGAGGAGCUGGACAGGAUGCUGUCGGAGGAGCGCAUCGAGGAGGAGAGUGAGGAGUCGGACACGGACCCCGGCCACGUGUCGCAGGUAAAAAGAGGGGGGGCCGCAACGGCUGAAGACAAAAAGGCCGGCUCUCCACAAGGAAACUCCGACCACGUCAGCUUGUCCUCCUCGUCUUCAUCGUCCAUGUCUGAGCUCACCGACAGUGGCAUUAACCUGGAGCCCAGCGAGGACUCCAGACUGGAGAGCAAGAAGAAAUUCAAGUUCAAGUUCCCCAAGAAACAGCUGGCCGCGCUGACCCAGGCCAUCCGGACCGGCACCAAGUCCGGCAAGAAGACCCUCCAGGUGGUGGUGUAUGAGGACGAGGAGGAGUCCGACGGUACGGUCCGACAGCACAAGGAAGCAAAGAGAUUUGAGAUUUCACGAUCCAAGUCCUUUGGGGACAGCACCAAGGUCUCAGGUCCGGUCCCGCUGAAGAAGCAGGAGUUCCAGUACCGAACGGACGAGAUCCGUAAGAACACCUACAAGACCUUGGACAGUCUGGAGCAGACCAUCAAACAGCUAGAGACCACCAUCAAUGAGAUGGGACCGCGGUCCCCUGAGGAGCCGCUCCCCGUGAAGGAGGCUAAGACAGAGAGUGUGAAAACCUUAGAUGGGGGGGGGUUGAAGAGGUCGUCCUCUCUCCCCACCACCAGAGCUUCAGGUCCAAAGAACACCAGUGUCGCUUCCCCUACUAGUCGGAUGCCCGUCCCUUUGUCAGCGAAGACCAGGCAGUCGCCGGGUUCAUCUGACAAAGCAGGAAAACAGCAAAAACUGCAGGAGGCUCAGAGGCAGUACCGACAGGCUAACGGAAGUGCUAAAAGAGUUGGAGGGGAUCAUAAAACUACUCCCCCUACUGGUCCCAUUUCUAAAAUCCCUGCUUUUUAUCCCAGUGCUAACAAAGGCAGUUGUUCUCAAACCAUAGAUGCUACUAAUCCCACUAACCCCCCCUGCUCCUCCUCCUCUGUGACAAAGUCUUCCAUCCUGUCCUCUAACGCUCCUCGUUCCAGCACCCUCCCCCCCUCCUCCCACAUCCCCUCCCUGUCUAAUGGAUCCCUCAAACCCCCCCCUCCCUCACAGCACACAGGUAAAGCUCUCUCGUUCUCCUCGCAGACUCAGAAUGGUCGAGUGCACUCCUCCUCCUCCUCCUCUUCAUUCUCAUCCUCCUCCUCCUCCUCCUCUCCCUCCCCUCUGUCGCCCACACCCCUGGGCCAAGGUGGGAGGAGCAUCCGCACCAUACACACCCCCAGCUUCACCAGCUACCGGUCGCACAACGGCAGCAGCGGCAAAUCCUGCAUCCCGACGGUCACGUCGGCUAAGGACGCGGCUUAGCCUCAGUACCGCCCCCCUGUGGUAAAGUGCACAGCAGGUAGAGCUGGUCGUGUUUUGUUCAGUCACCUUGUUGACCUGUUUAUCUAGUGUUUUUGUAAAGGUUUUAAAUGAUGCACUCCGUCACUCUGGUCCUGCUCACCGACACUGGCGUUCUCUCACUAGAUCAACUUUCAUUUUUCUGUCUUUUGGUUCAAAUGUCGAUUUGGAUUCGCCGACUCGGGGUUGAACCAGAUGUUAAAAAGUAAAUAAAUAAAAACUUUAUAGAUUUUUCCACGUUGUAGAGGAAGUGGAAAGUUUUCCUUUGGUGUUGAGAAUCUAUUUUUCUUGCCGUAGCUACUGUUAUGAAAAGAGAAUCUAAAGUUGAUGUACAAUCACAACAGAGUACUCUGUAAAAUUGUCUUUUAUUUUUCAGAAGCAGAGAUUAAAUAAUCCUAGUCUAUUUAAUCUCCCUGUCCUGUAAAUGCUUUUGAUGUCUGUAAUCCUGACCUUCACAGACGUCUUAGACUCAGAUGAACUGUGUGUGUGAUGACUUCUGUGUUGACAGGUCAUCACGACUAACACCAGGUGUGAGUGGGUGUGAAACAUGAGUGGUUGUUGUCCAGGUGUAAACUGUACUAAAAGAGUGUGUGUGUGUGUGUGUACAUAGAUGCUUCUACUGAGGAGACGAGUGGUUUUGUUAACACACCAAAGUUUCUUUGUCUGCAUGCCUUCAGCUCCUGUAGGAGAGUGAUGUAGAAGAAGUGUUUGCACAGAUAGGUUUCUGUAAAUAUAUUGCUCUCUCUCCCUCCCUCUCUCCCUUUGUCUCUCUCCCCCUUCUCUCUCUCUCUGUCUUUUUGUAAAGCUUUAAAUCCUACCAUAAAAGAGCAACGUGGUUAUAAAGUUCAUGAAACUGUUGCUGGAGUAGCAGGAAUAAAGGAGUGCAUGCUUGUAAGGCAUCACUGGUCUGCUCUUUUAUUUUGGUGGAUCUGUAUUUCCAGUGAGCGGGAACUUCACACCAUGUGAUGUCAUGGAUGGUCAGUGAUGUCAUGGAUGGUCACUGGUGCUUUACCUUUUUAGUACUUAGUACUUUAGUACUAGAUUCCACUGACAACUCUGUGUUCCUAUUGGUCCUCCUCCACACGUGGGCCCAGGGUCAGGGUUGGUUGGUCAGAGAUACAGAAACCACAGUCAUGUUUCUUCAGGUUCUGCAGAACUUGGUCCAUCCUCCACCGUCACCAGCCAUGAUCGUCUUCUCCAGCAGCUCCAUCACAGUUUAAUCACUUCUGCCAAAAAAAUGUUAUUAAUGUUAUUUAUGAAAAAGUUAAGAUUAUUAAAUAUUGUAUCAUUAAAUAAAUUAUUAAAAU